AAUGAUGAUAAACAUCAAAACUAAAAUCCAUGAGCUACAUAGGUAAUUCAUGGUGGAGAAUUUUAUAUUCGGUUCUGACUGCAAGCUGAUGUUACAACUAUUACUCGUACUCUCCUAUUAGCAGUUAUACCUGAACCAGUGAUUAGCAUUUUUAAAAAUAUUAUUUAUGUGUAAAUUAAUUGCGUGAGAAACCCUGAUGUGGGAAGUUGACAAUUUCUCUUUUGGAGUUUUUCCCUGACCCUUUUAAAACUUUGCAAUGACUUCCAAUGCAAACGCGUGUUGGAGAUUGUUGUUGUGACUGUGUCUUUCAAUCCCGGAGACAGACUUCCGAGAGAGAGGACAACAUGAGGCUAGAGGGGUACGACGCCAUAACGUCCUGCAUUACGCAAAAUAAAGAGGCAUGCAGUGUAGUCCCUCAUCACAGAGGAGGUCAACUCAGAUGAAAUGAGUGGUGUGAAGAAAAAGUCCCUGUCAAAGUUGUUUGGGUGUACAUCUCCGACAGUGACCUAUAGACGUGGGGAAAUCACAUACCACCCACACUGAAGAAUAAUGUUAACAAACACAUUUCUUUUUGUGCCACUGAAAAAAUUAUGAUAUUGUUUUUUUCUUACUCUCACUUUAGAGGAACUGAGGGCGACCAUGUGUUCGGCAUUAAAGCCACACUAUAUGAAACUGCAUUUUGGUUUCAUGAAUCGAAUAAAAGUUUCACACCGCUCUACACUACGUGUGGUACCUCGGAGUUUCGUUCCACAUGCAAUGCAUUUUGUCGUCCACAUGAGAAGCCACCCACACUAAAGCCUCGGUCCUCCUCUCUCUCUCUCUCUCUCUCUCUACUGAGGCGGAAAAAAACAUUGUCAUCUUCACUACAAGAACAUGUAAAAGGGAAAACCCUUUCGACCUGUACAUGUCCCUCAGAAAGAAGCAGCAGAUUAAUUUGGACACAGAGUGCAACACACACGGGACUGGGAUGGACGGUCACUCGAGGUCCUCUCAUAAGUACCUGCUGCUCCAGGUGUGGUGUGGUCUCCUCACCGCGGCCGUGGUGGUUAUGGCUGUGUUUCUCGCUUCAAUCAAACUUAAGGUGACCGAGUUAGAUCCUCCAGGCGAUGAUGCACAUGAUGAUGACAUCCCUGCAUCCUUUCUUCACCAGGACGGAGUCUCUACAAUGAAGCCAGACAACGUCAGUCCAACAGUCAACACAAUGGUGGCUCCUUUAAAGUCAGUAGGAUCCUCUCUCUCAUACAUCCAGCUGAUGAAGUUUCUGGACAAUCGCUUUUGGCAAGAAUCCCCCAGAUGUCACUCCUGCUCCCUCUCGCUGCGCGACGACGCCAUCCACUGCACGAAAAAGAGCCUCUACUUCAUCUUCGCCCAGGUCACCUUCGCCAGGCACCCGAACAAAAAUCGGACCAAAUCAGUGAUUUUGAAAAGAAAUGGCUCCCGAGGUAGAAUUACGAGGAAACUGGUUGAGGGGACCUUCCCGGGUACAACAGAGGGUUCUGUGUGGGUGGGCAAGAUUGUCAGCCUUGGGGAGGGAGACAGUGUCAGCUUAGAAAUCACAGAGGAUUUUCUAAACGACAGCACAUUCUGGGGUGCCUAUGAACUCCUUUAGCACAGCAGUUCUCUAGAAUCUGUUACCAUACAGGAUAACUUUUUUUUUAUGUCUGUGUGAGUGGUAUGCUGUUGGAUUCAAAACAUAUUUUGUGAUAUUAUUUGAGAUAUUUAACUGCGACAGCCGUAAAACCUAUAAAUACUCAAAAUCACGGGGAGUAUGUUAUGUUCAACAAUUACUGAAUCUCAUUUUUGCAGAGUAUUGAAUCUUUGAAUCAUCUGGAACACUAAAGUGCUAAAAAGCUAAAUUAGGCAGGUUGCAGAAGGUUUUGACUCCAGAUUUCAAAUGACUGAAACCUCUUUUAUACACGAUCAAGUCUUCCCAUCCUUUUGGCUUUGAACAGAAAUAUCUCGGCAAAACGACAAACCGCAUCAGUCCAAUCUCAGUAGAGUCUCUCCUUGAACAGUGCAUCUGCUGGUUCCCAGUCAUGAAAUUAUGAAUAUGUUUUGUCAACUGCUUUGUGCUUUUUUUAACUUAUGAAAUGUGAUGUUAUAAGUUGGUGUAAUAAAAAUUGAA